AUGCGUCGGUCUCCCUGGCCGUGCCGGCCUUGCUCCAGAUCUGGCUUGCUCUGGCAUGGUCAUCCCUCCCUGCCUUCACGUUUCUUUCCGUUUCCCUCCCAGUUCCUCGCCCAGCUCCUGAUCUUUAUGAUCGGCGUGGUCAGCUCCAUCUUCUGUGGCCAUCUGGGAAAAGCCGAGCUGGAUGCCGUGACGCUCGCUGUGUCGGUCAUCAAUGUCACCGGCAUCUCCAUUGGCUCUGGCCUAGCCUCAGCAUGCGACACCCUCAUGUCGCAGACGUACGGCAGCAAGAACUUGAAGCAGGUGGGCACCAUCCUGCAGCGCGGCAUCCUCAUCCUCUUGCUCUGCUGCUUCCCCUGCUGGGCUGUCUUCAUCAACACCGAGAAGAUCCUGCUCCUCUUCAAACAGGACCCAGAAGUCUCCAGGUUAACCCAGGUGUAUGUGAUGAUCUUCAUCCCAGCUCUUCCUGCAGUGUUUAUGUACCAGCUGCAGACAAGAUACCUGCAAAGCCAGGCCAUCAUCUUGCCACAGGUGGUGAUGGGGGUUGCAGCCAAUAUCCUCAAUGUGGGCAUGAACGCUCUGCUGCUGUACGCAAUGAAGCUGGGAGUGGUGGGCUCUGCCUGGGCCAACACAGUUUCUCAGUACACGCAGAUGAUUCUCCUCUUUUUGUACGUGUGGUGGAGGAAAAUCCACGCCCGGACCUGGGGAGGCUGGACCAGGGAGUGUCUGCUGGAGUGGGGCUCCUUCACGCGGUUGGCCGUACCCAGCAUGCUCAUGAUGUGCAUUGAGUGGUGGACCUUCGAGAUCGGGAGCUUCCUGGCAGGUCUGAUCAGCGUGGUGGAACUAGGGGCUCAGUCUGUCAUCUAUGAAUUGUCCAGUGCCGCAUAUAUGGUGCCCCUGGGCUUCAGCGUGGCUGCCAGUGUCCGUGUGGGCAAUGCCUUAGGAUCGGGGGAUGCAGAGCAAGCAAGGACAUCCUGUAUCUCUGCGCUGCUGUGUACAGGAGUGUUAGGUGUAGUGGUGGCCGCCCUGUUGGGGACCCUGAAAGACGUUGUGGGCUACAUCUUCACCAAUGACAAAGAGAUUGUUACCUUGGUGUCUAAGGUGAUGCUGCUCUUUGCUCCCUUUCACUUGCUUGAUGCAAUGGCGGCGACCUGCGGCGGUGUGCUGAGGGGGACAGGGAAGCAGAAGUUUGGGGCCAUCGCCAACGCCAUCGGAUAUUACGCCAUCGGGUUUCCGCUGGGAAUCUCGCUGAUGUUCGCUGCAAAGCUUGGGGUGCUGGGCCUAUGGGUGGGACUCAUCGUCUGCAUUGCUCUGCAGGCCAUUUCCUUCUUCAUCUAUGUCCUGCGCAUAGACUGGAAGAAGGCUGCAGAGGAGGCUCAAAUCCGGGCAGGCCUCAAAGUGCAAGCAGAGAUCCUGGGCACCAGCAGCUCUGCGGUUCAUUUGACUGGUUUUGACUAUUUCACAGCCGAGACAGAAGUGCCGGACACUGUAGUUCUGCCCGCUGCCAUCUCCAGCAGCGAGAGCCUGCCCGAGCCCCAGCUCGCCCCUGGAGAGGAAGUAGCCGUGCUGCCUGCCCUGCCAGGAGGCAGCGUCUCGCUGGGGAAGGGCCUGCUCCUCCAGCGCGGGCUAGCACUGGCUGUUGCCAUCACGGUCCUGCUGGCGGGGGUCCUCGUGCGGCUCCUGACAGGCAACGGCUAAGCAUAGCCACCGUGGCCAGAGACGUGACCACGGGGACGGUGGAGUGCCGUCUGGAGUGCUGC